GAAUCUAAGACUAUUUUCGUCACACGUAAAAAGAUGUCUCACCCCAGAAACCAAGACAAUGACCCAGGUCAACCUCCCUCCCUCUCCCUCUCCCUCUCUGAUAGCUACUGUUCUCGACUUUAAAAGACAGUACUCUUCAUUGGGUCAUCCUGAGAAAAGGGAACGAAGAUAAAGCUCAAUACUUUAUUCUUCUUUUAAAUCCGUCUUCGACACAAACCCUUCCUUUGACUCUACUGCCUGUGCUAUAUACGCAAGGAGAAAUCGCCUCCGCUACAAAUUAUAAACACUUUUGGGUUUGGUGAGACGUUUCUUUGGAAAUGGGGGAAGGAACCGCUGAAGCUGAAAGGAACAGGAUCCUAAGGAAACAGCUGGCUGUUGCUGUAAGAAGUGUGCAGUGGAGCUAUGCCAUCUUCUGGUGCUCUUCACCCACUCAACACGGGGCUUUGGAGUGGGGGGAAGGGUACUACAAUGGCGACAUAAAGAGGAGGAAGAAGAGCAGUGAUGAAGAAAUGGGCGAUGAAUUUAAGGCUGAAUGUAGAUAUGGGUUGCAGAGGAGCAAGCAACUCAGGCAGCUUUAUCUGUUUAUGCUUGAAGGAGACGCAACAACCAUUACUUACGACGACAAUACAGUCUUGUCUUCCGACGAUCUUACGGAUGAAGAGUGGUAUUACUUGGUCUGCAUGUCCUAUGUCUUCUCUCUUGGCCAAGGUUUGCCAGGCACAAGUUUGGCAACCGGCGAGACGAUUUGGCUUUGCAACGCCCAAUACGCAGAGAGCAAACUCUUCACCCGCUCUUUACUAGCAAGAAGCGCAUCGAUUCAGACUGUUGUGUGCUUUCCCUUCUCAGGCGGUGUCAUUGAACUGGGCGUCACAGAUUUGAUCGCAGAAGAUCACAAUCUGCUUCAACACGUCAAAGCUUGCUUGUUAGACACCUCAAAACCUAAUUGCAUUGCAGAAGAUUUCUCUGUUACCCAAAACAGCAACAGCGAUGAUGAACAUAACCAAAUGGGGUUUCGGAUCAGCCAAGGAAACUCAAUGCUCGAAGAGAAUUUUCAGGAGCUCCGAGAAGGGAAUCGCCAGAACGUAUUGGGUUGCGCUGAUUUGGGAUCUGCAGCUGAAGACAUACAUUACAGAAGAACAGUUUCGUCUGUUCUAAGUUAUGCAGCUAGUAGAAGAAAGAAAGCUCAUCAUCAUCAUCAUCCAUCAAAUCUCGAUUCUUCUGAUUCUGGAUCGAGUUUCUUCCCAUGGAAACAACGUGGAACAUCAAACGUGAAACGCCAGCGGCAACCUCAGCAUCCUCAGAGUGUGUUGAGGAAGAUUUUGUAUGAUGUCCCUUCGAUGCAUACUGCUAAUAUGCAGAGAAUGUUUGAGAGAGAAACCUUUGGUCAUCAGAAUCAGGAAAUCCAGCUCGAGCAUGGUGAUUCUUCGGAUAGAAGAAGAGAGAACGAGAAGUUCCGCUUGCUUGGAUCAAUGGUUCCCACGGUUGAUGAGAUCGACAAAGAGUCAAUCCUGAACAACACGAUCAAGUACUUGUGCGAGCUAGAGGCAAGAGUAGAAGAGCUGGAGUCAUGCAUGGGAUCAGUGAAUUUCGUGGAAAUACAGAGAAAGAUGAACCUUGAUCCGUCUGCACUGAUCGAAGAGACAUCAGAUAACUACGAGAGCACGAAAAUCGACGUUAACACUGCAGAAACAGAACGUAUAGGCGGCAGAGAUGUGAGAGUAAAGCUGAAAGGAGCCGAAGUUGUGAUCGAAAUCAGAUGCGCAUACAGAGAAUACAUCGUUGCAGACAUCAUGGAAGCGAUAAGCAACCUUCACAUGGACGCUUUCUCUGUUCGCUCCAACACACUUAACGGAUUCCUCGUCUUGAAUCUCAAGGCCAAGUUCCGUCGGAACGCAGUUGCGUCAGUGGGAAUGAUCAAACGGGAGCUCAGGAGAGUUGCAGGUGAGUUCUAGAGGUGGAAUCCUCUUUCUAGAUUGCGAGAUAUAUAUGAUAUGUUUUCCGGUGCGGUUCUUUUCAUUCCCUGUAAUUUUGAAUCUAUUGUUAUUUUUUGGUUCCAAGAAUUGGGCUCUAUUAUAGUUCUUGAUCUGUUGAUAUAACACUAAGCAGCAACCGAUCACCCAAAAAUUUCACAAUCCAUUUCUGAUACAAAACUAUGUGCUGAAAUUUUGAUUGGAAGCCUUGUGGAGUCGUAGUA